GUCACAUGUGUAUUACUCAAAAACGUACUUCUGUAUUGAGCUGUGUAACAUUGUCGCAGUGUCUCUGUCGUGUCCUAUAUACCAUAAAAGGUUUUGUGCAUCAUGGAAGUUGGGGAAGGGGGAAGUUGGUGCAUGUUAAAGGUUGGUGCAUGUUGUCUGCAGCAUCAGUGAACUGUGGCUUGUUGUAUGUCGGCCUGACUGUUGUCUACCAGGAGCUUCAACAACCAUGAACCGUCUGCUUCUCGGAGCUGUGCUGUUCGAGAGUCUCAGGGUCUGUGUCGCACUUCAAGUUCCGGUGAUGCUGGCUCCGCCCACCCAGGUGAGGUUUGACUCUGUGGACUAUAAAAACAUCCUGCGCUGGGCUCAGCACACCAGCAGCCCACUGCAGUACUACGUCCAGUGGAAGAUUUAUGGAGAGCCUGAAUGGUUGGAUGUGGAAGGCUGUCAGGGGAUCCAGAAGCACCACUGUGACCUCAGCAGCGUGACCUCUGACGCCAGUGAGUGGUACUGCCGAGUUCAUGCUUCCUCACUGCCCUCCACCAAAUCAGCCUGGGCUCUCUCACGAUUCAGCCCGCGUUGGGACACCAAAAUCAGCCCUCCUGUCCUGAAGCUGAAUGUCACAGAGCAUGGGAUCGUGGUACCUAGGCCUCCCAAAGUUCUUGUCAGGAAGAUGCCACACAAUCUGCACUUCAAGAUCUACCUCACAGACACCAGUGGAGAGGAGGUGGUGUUUGAGAUGGAGUGCUGCUCCAACAAGCUGACUCUGAGAGAGUUGAAAGACAAAGAGAGAUACUGCCUCCAAGCCCAGACCACCAUCCCCCGCCAGGCCAAGAGCAGCACUCGAGGCUCUGUGAAGUGUGUCACUGCGCUCUGAUCAUACAGACACAUUUCAAACCUGAUACACCGAAGGACUGGACUUCCAUCAGUUUACAUUUCCUUUUCACCGCUACCUCGACGGCUUCAGACAAAAAAGGGCCAAAAAAUGUGCUGCACUUUAAGAGAACUUCAAAGAGCAUUUUGGAUUAUUUUGUCUUAAUCAUUUAAUAUUUGGACUUAAUUUGUUGCUACUCUUUAAACCAUGAAUGUUGACAAACUAAUGUUGUGUCAUACAGUUAUAACCAGUCACUUACAUUUACUAAAACACUAACUUAGAUUUUUCUUGGUGCAAUCUGACUCUUUUUCUCUUUUAUGUACUGCCAAACUCAAAAUGGUCUGUAUUUCAUCCACCUGCAACAACUUGACUUUCAGAGAAGCGCCUUGGUGUAAAUCUGAAACUGUUUAAAUGCACAAAUUUGCGCUGGACCAUUCCAAAUGUCUUGUUGUAUGUUUCACAUUACAAAUAAAGACACAUUGGUUGAUUCAGUUA